AUGGACGCGCCGGCCAUAAAAACCUACCAUUGCUUAUGCAGCACCCUCCUCCUCUCGACGACGCAUAACCUCGCAUCUCUCCCACGACGUUCGUCAGCCAGCGACGGUGGUCUUGACGCGGCCAUCAUCCUCCCACUGCCACCCUCACCACCAACCUCAGAGCUAAAGCAAGAAGGCUACACCACGUUGCUCUCCCAGCCACGAGACUCUGCGCCAAUAGUAAUAAGACGCGAGGAUGGGUUCGAGAAGCGGCAUUUGCUCAAAUGCAAGCGAUGCAAUUUGAUAUACGGCUACCGAAUUGCUGGGGAGAACGCCCAAUCUGAUGGGAAUAUGGCUGUGUACACGGGAUCUGUAAUAUACUUGCUGCCUGGGGGUCUAAUAGAAACUAGCGUUAUGGUGAAGGGUGAAAAGCCUGCCGACGAGAGUCUAGACAUCAGGAGGGUAGAGCAGUGA